UUGUUUUUUGGAACCGGUGGUAGAGUUAGCGUGUUUCGACAUUCAUUUCGAAAUUAGAUAGAAGAAAGAAUAGAAAGUUACGAACGAAUUCUAUUUGACUGGCACUUUCAAAUUCACAUAAAAUUCUAUUUUAUUCUAAUUCUAUUCUAUUCAUAAAAAUAUCAAUAUUAAAUAAAAUUUUGCCUAUAAAAUAAAUAUCUUGAUGAGGUAGAGAGAACCUUAUGAUGUACGCGAUAAGGACCCAGAAGAUAUAUAUGUAAAUAUUCGUAUAAUAUAUUGCUACUAUAGAAGAUACGAACAGAAAAAAAUAGUUCGCAGUUUCACAUAUAUAUAUAAAAAUAUCCAUAUGUACUUGUGAAAAUCAUGUAAUGCCUAUGAGAUUAUAAUAAAUAGGUAUGUACAUAAACUAUAAUAUUAUUGAUAUUCCUGUUUAAACCAAAACACUGCCCAUUCAAAUCACGUAGGUAUAUAUUGCAUCAGUUAUUUAUAUUCAAAGUACCGAAAUCUAUUAUCUAAACAUAGCUAGUUGUACUAAAACAAUACUGUUUUGAUUAGGAUGAAAUAAACAAUCGGUCAAGCGAGAUGAAUUUAAAAAUAGUUGUGUUCCGUCUAUUUUGUGGACAAAAGAAACAAUCUAUCUAGUAUCUACCCAGUAAGGAUUGCGGGAAAACUGUUAUCCUGAUAUAAAAAGGUAAAGUUACCCAUGACAUUAUUCGAGUUAGUAUUCACAAAUUAAAUAUCACCUCAUUGAUUGAUGAAUUAAUUUUUAUCUUUGACUGUGUUUUCAAAUUGCUUUGUAAUAUACCUAUAUUAUAUCAGGAGGUAACUGAUAGAUAGGCUGAAGUGAGUAUGAAGAAAUAGGAACAUAACUAAUAUCAAUCUGUAUACACUACUGAGACUUGGACUGAGCGAGAAGUGCUGUACUGGAGGCCUCUUUAAUGACAUCAGCAGAAUAGCCUAGAGCCAAAGAAAGACUUCGAGGCUGCAUAACGAUGAAGACCAGUCUUUCAAUAUUAACGAUUGUUUUUUUUUCCUACCUAUGCUGAUAGCCUUGAGAGGCUAUUUCAGCUUCACCCUAACGUGUGUAGUUGAGCUCACGGGGCUCAAACUGGAGUGUUGCUAGCACUGACCCUAGCAAGAGCAGUGCUUCGCAGAAUCUACCACCGGAUCGGAAAUGCGACCCACUGAGAAGAUCUGGUGAGAAACUCAGUGGGCUAACGAUUGAGAAAAAAAAGAAUGUCUAUUUAAAGGUUUCAGUACCCAAUCAAAUUGCUUAUUUUAAUCGUUAAUAAAGCUAUAAUACAUUUGGAUUCGAUGCCCAAUCACAGUCAUUGUUUAUUAUAUAUGUUUGCCAUUUGAAGUCUCGAUGAUACUUGCAUCUUGCCUCGUAUGGCAAAGAUUACAUAUUAGCAGUCACUAGCGCGUGGUUGCUACACAAUUCAAAACAUAGCCUGUCAGUAUCGUAUUGGAUGAACCUUAAAUUGCCAGCUGUAAAUUGCAUAAUCCUAAAAAAGUGAUUUAACAUUCCUUAGCUCGAAGACUUAGUAAUAAAGCCCCAUAAAACGGAAAAAAGUUAUCAACAAUAAAAUUCGACAUACCGUACCCAAAUUUCGUGUGCAGUAAGCCUGUAAACAAAAUAAGCCGACGGCAUAAACGUGGCUCAGUCAUCGACCAUACAUGUAGUAGCACAAAUCAAAACAAACAACUGUUUGAAUCAAACAUGCACGCGCAUUGAUAGCAGUUAAACGAAGGCAGUUAAUCGACCAUUAAAAUUAUUAAGUGAAUGUUGAUUGGAGAUUUUUAUGUAUAAUGUGAUGUUUGAAAAGGAGAUGAGACGGAACGUAUUUGUGCUUUUAUCUGUGCUUUUCGUCGUUAGUCUGCAGACGACAGAUUUCCAGGAUAACCUAAUAAAUGGUUAUCGGGCGCUGAUUGCGGACAUCCAGGUCCGAACUCAGAAAUCGCGGGAGGACAUGGACACCCUAGUAUCACAAAUAAAACUUUUAAUGAAGAACGAAGCUGAUAAAGCUAUUAACUAUAUGACCGUUUAUUUGGAACAGAUAUCGUUAUAUUUUCAGGUGAUAAUUCACGAUCGAAAGCCUCGGAACGGCACGUACUGCAAGGAGAGUAUCGUUAAACUCCUCGGAGAGAACCUGCAAUUGGCCGACGAGAACGUGACGUUAUGCUUGGCGCUCGGCUACCAGAGAGUACAGAGAUUACCAGAAAAGCUACAAGUACAUUUUGAGACGUUAGAGAAUCUAAAGAAGUAUUCGGCUUCGAAACUAUUCGAGUGCCAGAAACAACAGCAAGUCGGUGGGAACUGCUCUCACGAGAGCCAAGAUCUGGAGAGGACUGUGUUCCUGUAUGAAACAUCACCGUUUCCGGUGGUGAUGUCCGAAAUAGCUAUACACGGCUUCAAAGAAGUCUCGGAUCUAAGUGUUUGCCUCAAAGACAUCAUAUCACGAAUGAUGACGCAUUCCGUCAAAGUCAUAGGAGACUUCAACCGAUGCAUACAUAACAUUGAGAUGCCGAAACUGAAAUACUUGCUUAAGUUCAUGAAAAAGUACGCCUGAAGAUGACUGACCGUCUGCGGAAUGAAUUAAGAAAUUGUAAUGUUUUGUAAAUAACUUAUUUUUAAUAGUUGCUAAUAGUGUUUUAAGUUGAAGCUUUCCACUAUAUAAAACCGGAUAGAUGUAAGUAAACAUAAAAAAUAUAUACUAUUUAAGUUAUAAAUUUAUUAUAUGCUGCGAAUAGUGGUAGUAACAAAGAAAAUCUUUAAAAAUUGUAUUAUAUAAAACGCCUUCCUUUUGACACUGCACUCAACUAAUUAUAAUUAUGUCUUAUUAAAAGCUAACCCAAUAAACGUCAAUUUGUAAA